AUGGGUGCGGCCGAGUGGGUGUGCGGGGCCGUGCGGCAGCUCCAGCAGCGCCUUGGUUCCAGCACAGAUGCGGAUGAGCUCCGCCGCUCCUUGAGGCUGCUCUCCCGCCUGCCCAUGACGCCGGAGAUCCUGGCGGCCACGGGUGUCAGGGGGACGCUGGAGGCCUUGAGCAAGCACCAGCAGGUGGGCAGUGUGGCCAAGGAGCUGGCCGAGCGCUGGGAGAUCUUGGCUGUGCCGAGCCACGCGUCAGAGGCUCGCAGCCAGGUCCCGGAGCGGGCGGUAGCUCUGGAGCCCACGGGGGAGGAUCUGGGGCAGGGGGAGAGGAACGGGGCGCAGGAGCGGGAGAUGGGGAAGGCAUCCACCGCGGAUCAGUGCUGUCCCAGUGGGGCAAGGGACCCACUGCAGGCGGGAAGCCAGGAGCGCCUGGCCUCCAGCACCGAAGGGGACGCACUGCGCAAGAUCCUGAGGCUGCUGUCCGUCCUGCCCAUCACGGCGGAGAUCCUGGCCGCCACGGGAGAGAUGGCGAAGCGCUGGAAGACCUUGGUUCUCCUGGGCGGACACCCAGCGCUCGAGGCAGAGCUGAUGGGCCGGGGCCCGGAGCGGGAUGGGGCCCCAGCGCCCUCCCAGGAAGUUCUGGAAUCACAGGAACGGAAGCAGAAGCGGGAGAGGUGGAGCUUGGCAGGUAAGGAUCCUUCUUCUCAGAGCAGGGCCGAGGAGCCUCGGGGCCCAGGAUACCAGGCAGCAGAGGGGGCUUGGGGAGCCGCGCGGCAGCUCCAGGAGCACCUGGCCCGUAGCACGGACACAGAGGAGAUCCGGAAGACACUGAGGCUGCUCUCCAUCCUGCCCUUCAUGCCGGAGAUCCUGGAGAGCAGGGCCAAGGAGCCGUGUGGCCCCGGAACCCAGGUUGUGGAGGGGCCUUGGGGAGCUGCAAGGCAGCUCCAGGAGCACCUGGCCCGCAGCAGGGACAUGGAGGAGAUCUGGAAGACUCUGAGGCUGCUCUCCAUCCUACCCUUCAUGCCAGAGAUCCUGGAGGCCACGGGAGAGGUCUGCGUGCUUCCCUCGCACAGUGCUGCCGGUGGUGCCUGGACACCCCGCGUUCUGUUCGAGCUCGUGCCCGAGCCUCGUCCCGCAGCUCGGCACCCCAGUCCCGGCAACGGUCACAGCAGGACCAUGGCACCCGGCGGCACAGACAGGCUGUGGCAAGUCCGCUGCAGAAAGGAGUUUAAGGAGGCCACCCCCGCCCCGGGCGAGUCCUGGCAGGAGCUUUUCGUGCGGCUGCGCCAGGAGCGGGAGCAGCGUCUGCAGGCCGUGAGCGCCAGGAUCCGGGCUGCCCAGGCCCAGGAGAGCGGGGGACGCCGGGCACAGAUGCUCCUGCACCCGCUUCCCCAGAAGCGCCCUCGCCGCGGUGCCCAACCCCGGGCCUGCAGCACAGGGCCAGCCCCGCACCAAGGAGGCGCCCAGUACAUGGGGUACUGUAACCACCUGUGCACGGUGCUGGAAAAGCAACACGGGGGCAUCUACAAGUUCAUUGUGAGUCCCCCAGUGUGGCUCCAGGCCGUCUAUUCCCUUGGAAACUUCUUAGGUGCCGAGACCCGCAUAGUUCCUCCAGCGAAUAUUCUACAAGUUCUGGACGUGGGCGACAGUAAACUGCUCCUGGGCUACACCUACCAAAGUUCCAGCUACAACACCUACUCUGUCCUCGCACUGGGCCGAAGGCGCACGCUGAGUGAGGCAGACGUGGAGAAUUUCCAGAAUGUUCUUCAGGGCAAAGAUAUCGGGAAGGAACCAGUGUAUUUCACUGGCCACGGGUCUCACAUCCAUAUGGUCCUCAUGCUCAUUGUGACCACAAACACAUUUUGA